GAUGAAGAGGGUCAACAUUUGUCCGACGAAGACAUAGCCGCUGAAGCUGACACAUUCAUGUUUGAAGGCCAUGACACUACAGCAAGUGGAUUGUCCUGGAUUCUAUACAAUUUGGCUCAACACCCCACGUAUCAAGACCAGUGCCGGGCAGAAAUUCGAGAUCUGCUGCAGGGACGGGAAACAGAAAGCAUUGAAUGGAAAGAUCUCUCCCUCAUGCCCUUCACUACCAUGUGCAUCAAGGAGAGCCUCCGCCUGCACCCUCCAGUCACAGCCAUAUCUCGGCGCUGCACUGAAGAUGUGAACCUUCCUGAUGGACGAGUUAUCCCUAAAGGGAAUGUCUGCCUGAUCAGUAUCUUUGGGACCCACCACAAUCCUGCCGUAUGGCCAGACCCAGAGGUCUAUAACCCACAUCGCUUUGAUUCAACACAUCAUCCACUAGCUUUUGUGCCCUUUUCUGCAGGACCCAG